UAUCAGCAGUAUAUGAAUUAUUUGUUUUAGCUUUUAUUUUCUUAUUAAAUUACUUUUUCAAAAUAAAUUUAGUUAAAUAUUUUUGAUAAUUAAUUCAUGUCAUUAUAUUGAUAGAGGAGUCGUUUUAAAUGGAUAAAUAAAGAGAAGCCUAUCGACUAUGAUCUCACAUAAAGUGAAACUAAAAAAAAUUAGCAUGAAAUACCAGAUAGAAUUGUCGUAUAUUUGCGUACUUUUUUUGAAUUUGAUUAAAAAAAACAAAAAAAACGGUAGUGCCUAUAGAAUCAUAUACAUUUUUCUUUUAAAAUACGAAAUAGCUUGUGUGAAGGGUGCAGUUGAAGAUUUGAAUGCGGAGAAAGACUGUAUUUGAGUUGUACUGACGUUGUUAACGCUUGCAUGUGUAGUGUUGUCGAAACUGUUUAAUAACCUUGCGGAGAAAUACGACAAACUAAAUGCAUAGACAUUUGCUAUUAAAGUAUUUCGACGAAAAUGUGCUGCUCUUUUCAUAGGAAAAAGAUGUUUUGAUCGCCGAACUCUGUUUGCUGAGUUUUGGUGAGUGCGGGUGCGGGUGCGGGUGCGGGUGCGGGUGCGGGUGAGCGUAUGGGUGAGAAUGUGGGGAUGAGUGUGGGUGAGGGUGAGGGUGUGGGUGAGUGUAUGGGUGUGGAUGAGGGUGAGGGUCUGGAUGAGUGUAUGGGUGUGGGUGUGGGUGUGGGUGUGGGUGUGGGUGUGGGUGUGGGUGUGGUGUGGGUGUGGGUGUAGGUGUGGGUGUGGGUGAGUGUGAGUGCAGGUGUCCCUUGUUUAAAGGUAAUAUCCACACCCACACCCACGCCCGCACUCUUAGUUGUUUCAUGUGUUCUAAAUAAUGUGUUUCUUCCCAUGUUUUCUACUACGAACAAAAUGCGACGCAGUUAUGACGUAACUCCGAUCGCACUGUGACUUUGUAAUUGCAAUGCAGUUGCGCGUAAGUGCAUCGCAAUAAUCGCCAUUUUUUGCAAUUGCGACGCAACAAUCGCAUUGUCGUGUAUUCAUAUUUCGAUACCAUCCAUUGUGUGGGUAAAUGUAUUAUGUUUAUAUCACACACACACCCACACCCACACCCUCAAGACUUGAUAAAAAUUAUCGAAGUACUUGAUCGUGAUAAAGAUUUUAAUAUAACAUUUUCCGAAUGGCAAACAUAUUUUCGUUUUGCACCAUUAACUGAAUUAGAAGCAUCACUUCGUUCAUGGCGUCAUGGUGUACAAUUAGAUACAAUUAAUGAACAACAAAUGCCUAAUUCAUAUACUGAAAAAGAACGUGAAAAUGGAUUUUAUGCUUGA